CCAAAGUGUUAAGGUACUUGGAAGAGAGCUUGCACCAUCUUUUCAGCCACCAUCUGUCUAUACUGGUGAACUCAUAGGUAUAGAUUACCUGUACCGUCAAACAGGGCAGGCCUUACAGGAUUUGGAUCCUGACUCUGAGGUGACAGAUCAGAUGUUGGAGGAUGUGGGCACAGAGGAGGAGUUGGAGGAUGAGGGCUUCGGAGAUAUCAGUUUGGACCUCAACCUGGAUCCCACUAUUGAGGCGCUGGACCUGUCCUCUGGCUCAUCACCCGCCACGACCAGCGUUGCCAGCACUCCUGCCUCUGUCCAGACUGGGUCUGCUAACACCACUACAGCAGCACCUAAUCAACAACUGUUUUACGCCGCCUCUGGUCCAUCCUCCACGACCACCUACACCACCUCUGGGCCAUCGUCCAUGACCACCUAUGCCACGUCUGGUCCAUCCGCCAUGAUGACCUACACCACCUCUGCGCCAUCCUCCACAACCACCUACACCACCUCUGGUGCAUCCUCCACGACCACCUACACCACCUCUGGUCCAUCCUCCACGACCCCCUACACCACCUCUGCGCCAUCCUCCACAACCACCUACACCACCUCUGGUCCAUCCUCCACGACCACCUACACCACCUCUGCGCCAUCCUCCACAACCACCUACACCACCUCUGGUGCAUCCUCCACGACCACCUCUGCUCCAUCCUCCAUGACCACCUAUGCCACGUCUGGUCCAUCCGCCAUAAUGGCCUACGCCACCUCUGCGCCAUCCCUCAAAAGCACCUACGCCGCCUCUGAUCCAUCCUCCACGACCACCUACACCACCUAUGGUCCAUCCUCCAUGACCACCUACGCCACGUCUGGUCCAUCCGACAUAAUGACCUACGCCACCUCUGCGCCAUCCUCCACAAGCACCUACGCCACCUUUGGUCUAUCCUCCACGACCACCUACACCACCUCUGGUCCAUCCUCCUUGACCACCUACGCCACGUUUGGUCCAUCCGACAUAAUGACCUACGCCACCUCUUCGCCAUCCUCCACAAGCACCUACACCGCCUCUGGUCCAUCCUCCACGACCACCUACACCACCUCUGGUCCAUCCUUCACGACCACCUACAUCACGUCUGGUCCAUCCGCCAUGAUGACCUACGCCACCUCUGCUCCAUCCGCCACAACCACCUACGCCUCUGUCCUUCCUCUCCCAACCACCCUCACUGUCUCUGUAGCCACUGCUCCCCCAGCAGUGCAACCAGUCCCUGAGAAACCACUGGCUGUGGAUGAACGCAGUGUACCAGGGAUAGAUAGAGUGGACAACCUUGCAAGCUACUUGGUGGGGCUUAGGAUGGAAUCUGGUCAAACUCUGAGCCACCAGCAGGCCAGUACCAUCAUUGCCCUAUGGCAAAGCCUGCUUCCAUAUGACCAGCAGAGAGUGGCGUAUGCUGCCCGGCACCAGGUGAAUCUUACAACAGGACGCUUCAGGUGCUCAAAAACCAAGCCUGAAUUCACACCUGGUGUGGAUAGCAUGACCCGUUGCGUCCUUGGGUCAACAGGAUCCCCUGCCCAGUGGCCAGACUGUUGCCGCCUGGUAGAGUCUAUCUUUGUUAAACUGUGUGAUAUUCACAGGAGCCCCAAAAAAAUAGGAAAUCAUGCUGUAACAAGAUGGACUCUAAUUCUGAGGGACUACAGCAAGAUCCGGCAGCUGGUCCUGGGCAAUGGGACUGUGAUGGAGAAUACCACCCUGCAAUUGUUUCAGGUGAAUCAAACAACUUUAAAUCAAUGGCACAAGAAACGGCUAAAGAGGCAAGAAUGUGCCAUCCUGCUUCAGGGUGUGAACUUGCCAGCCCCCAUUCCUAUUGCUGCUAGGCCUCUCCCGCCUGGACAGACUCGCCCCACUACAGCCCCCCCACAGCCUGGUCCCCAACACAGCUACCACCUGCCUGCAAGCACAGUGGGAAAGGCAGUGGACAAGCGAAAGUCUGCAGUUCCAGCCCCGCACCCCCCUCCUCCAAAGGUUUUCCGACCAAGGCAGUUGCUCCCUGCUGAUUCUGCUCCAUUACCUGUUGUUCCCAACCCCAGUCCUGCAUUUGCCCCGUUUGUGUUUUUAUGUCCAGUUCCUGUCAUCCGGCAGAUUGCUCCAGCUGGCCCCAUUCCCUCCCCACCACCUGCUCGGAGGCCCUACGUCCGCACUGUGGACAAAAACAAGUGCAGUCUGUGCCACCAGCCCCGGAACAAAGAUACUGGCCACAGCCAGUAUUAUGGCCACAUUUACUGUCCCCUGACUGCUGUUAUGCCACUUGACCAAUGGAGGGAGGAGAUGAAGAAGAAGAGGGCAGAUAAAAAAUAAUAAUUUGUUCAUUUAAAAUGCUAUGUGUGUGUGCUUGCUUGCGUACACCUCUGUUAGGGUCAUUUGU